AUGGAGAUUUCGAAGGAUACAGUCGUGGCGACGCUCCUCCGUGAUCUGAGCAUCGACAACUACGACAUCAUCGCUAUCCAGGAACCAUGGAGGAACCCCUACAGCGCAACAACCCACCAUCCGGCCAAGGACCGAUUCCAUCUGUCCUACCCCUCUAGGGAGGGAAGAGGACCGGCCAGGGUCUGCUUCUUUGUCAACAAGAAGCUCGACCACUCUCGAUGGCAAUUUAGGGAGAACAGCAGAGAUCUCUACACUCCGACUACCGCAACAGACGACUGUACUGAAACAAGCCUGGUGCUACACAAUGUGUACGACCCGUCAACGAGGGAGGAAGAUCGACAGCCGGUCCUACAGCAGCUACGAACAACACUGGAAACACACCAGCACGUUGAGCAAAUCGUCGUCGGUGACUUCAACCUACACCAUGAGCUGUAG